AUGACUGCCUCUCAGCCAGCCUCACCAACCGGCCAGCAGUCCCAAGCCAUCCCCUGUGGCCUGGAAAGGGAAACCGCUCCUCGCCGCUGGGGGGCGCCAUGGAGCCCGGGCCAGAAGCUGCGCGGCCCACCGGGACCCACGGACCCGGCCUGGGUGCAGCGGGUCCUGUCUGACAGGCACCGCUUGGCAACCGGGCGCUGGGGUCCCACAUCCCCCAACGGGGCUGCCCUAGACUCUCAGAGCCUUGGGCUGGAGGUUGGUGGCGAGGAGCGGAGCCGCCCCGAUUCCUCCCCAAACUUUUCCCGUCCGCUUGGACGCACUAGAAGACCGAUGUCUCCCCGGGGUGGUGCGGGGUCCUCGCGAGCCGAGCGGCGUGCCCUGCACCGUGGUGGUGUGCAGAAGAAGUAUCGGGGCUGCCCCGCGGCCGGCGAUUCAGCCCCUCCCUGCCCUCCACCAACUCCGGAGCCUGUCCCGGUCCCUAAAGAGAACAGACCGCGCCCCCUUCACCCCGGAACCCCGACUUCACCGUGGCACCGGGGCGCGCCCCCAACUCACCGAGCGCGGGCGUCUGGACGCACGGGCUGCGCGCGGGGCGAGGCGCCGGCUGUUUUGAAGCUCGGGGCAGGGACUGCGGCCUCCUCCGCCUCCCCGGCCGGGCCUCCUCCCCGAGGCCCCCUCCUUUCCGAGCCCGCCUCCCGGGCCGUGAUGUCAGGAGCAGCCGAGCCCAGGGGGCGGGAUCGCGGAGCACCGCAGGGGACCCCCCCACCCCACAGUCUCCACCCCGCGCCCUGCGGAAAGUUCAAGGCGGAGUCGGUAUAG